CUGCUGAUUAUUUUCAUAUUUUGUUGUUUGUUCUUGUCUUGUUCUGGAAUUUCAUAAUUAUUGUCCUCUGUUUUUCUACUUAACAAAAUAAUUUUAAAAAAAACCACUAAAAUGUUUUCAAGUGGUCCAAAUUAUACAAAACUUAAGACGAAUCUGCGUCUAGCAUUGAAUCGUCUUAAAUUGCUAGAAAAGAAAAAAGCCGAGCUAGCUCAAAAAGCACGCAAAGAAAUAGCUGACUACCUUGCAACUGGGAAAACUGAACGGGCCAAAAUAAGGGUGGAACAUAUAAUUAGGGAAGACUAUUUGGUAGAGGCAAUGGAAAUUGUUGAAAUGUAUUGCGACUUGUUACUCGCUCGUUUCGGUCUGGUAACUCAAAUGAAGGAACUCGACGAUGGAAUUGCCGAAGCUGUUUAUAGUUUGGUUUGGGUGUCAAUGCGUCUACAGAGUGACAUUAACGAAUUGAAGGUCAUAUCAGAUGUUUUCAUUCAUAAAUAUGGUCCAGUGUUCACGGAGAGGGCACGAACAGCCACCGGGGAACAUCAUGUCUCCGAGAAGCUUAUGCAUAAACUAAACAUUCAAGCUCCACCUAAGCUUCUGGUGGAAAAGUAUUUGAUUGAAAUUGCUAAAAACUACAAUAUCGAGUAUGAACCAGAUCCACAAGUAAUGCAGGAGGACAAUAAACCAGGUGACCAAAACUAUCUGAUUGACUUAUCAGACAGAAACAACUUAGACGGAGGUCCACCACCUCCGCAUGUUGGAUUCAUUGGCUAUCCGAACAUGCCACAACUUCCGCAGAUGCCUGAGCCACCUUCUACAAAGCCGUUCAACUAUCCACCUCCUUAUGGUGGCGGUGGAGGAGGAGGAGGAGGAAGUGGUGGUGUUGCAGGUGGCUUUUCGAACCCAGGUCCAUCUGGUCCUCCACCAUUUGCUUACAACAUUCCACCCAAUCCAUCUCAAGGCAGCUCUGAAAAGAAGGAUCUAAAUAUCAAUUCCGAUUUUCACCAAAGGGAAAGCAAUAAUUUCCCUGAUUCAAGCCCCAAAAAUGGGAGCCCUGAUGAUAAUCUAUUGCAAGAGAAAAAUAAUUCUUUACUACCCGAUGCACCUCCACCCCGCUACUCAUCUCUAGACCCCUAUAAUUUACAGAACUCAUCUAAACCUAAACCACAGCCAAGAGGUAAGAACAUAACCGGACCUAGUGCUCCAUCACCAACGAAUAUGGAUAUGCCCAAUCUACCGAAUGUUCCAGCUGAUUUACCUGAUGUCCCCAAUGAUGAUGGUGGAAAGAAAUCCGAUGACGAUGAUAUUGACUUUGAUUAUUUGUCACGUCGGUUUGAAGAACUAAAAAAGAUGAAAUAAGAGAGGUUGUCUUCGAUUACGUUUUGAUUUGAGAUUUAUUUGUUUUGCUGUUGUUCAGUGAUGCUCCAACUAUAUACAUAGAUACAUUAUAUAUAUAUAUCUGUUUCAAGUGAAAUAAUUAUUAAUUUGAAAUGCAAUUUAAUACUUUUAAAGUUUUUGUGUAAAAUAAAAUAAGUUCAAAAGGCAUUUGAAAGAUAA